CCUUUGAAAAGGACCAUGACUUUGAAGGCCAUCCUAUUAAUACCCAUCCCAAAACUAUCAAGAGCUCAAAAAGCAAGCAACUACGUCCAUUUGACGACAACGAAAACAUCUUGAUCAAGACCGUAGUCCUUAAUUUCACGGACGGAAUGGAAGUUGAUGGCUGGCCUGGAAUCUCUGUGAUCCAAGGUCUUGAAAAGCGAUGUUUGGCCUUCACAGGUGCUAACUCAAAGCUCUACUACCUGGACAGCGACAAGGCCUUGAUCAAGCGACAUUUGGUCGAAUCGGGCACUCCAACCCCUGGCUACUGUGACGUCUACUCAGGUCAGCAGAUGGAAGCCCGAGCUCAAACUCAAGCUAAAGCCGAAACCGAGCCUGAGCUUAAAUCUAUCGAUGAAGAAGAAAUGGCAAACAAGCCCAUCAUCUUGGAUAAACUUUUGAAAUUAAAGUUUCCAUUGCUGGUCAAGCCCGCCAUUUCAAGCUCAAGUCGUGGUAUUUCCAUAAAGUCCGUUGUGGACACUCCAGAAGAAGCAUAUGAACGCGCCAUGGAGAUCAAGAAGAUCUGGGGGCCUGUUUAUGUUGAAGAGUAUAUCACUGGUCGUGAGUACACAGUCUUGGUAUCCGGUUCUCAAGAAACAGGUAUCAGAGUUUAUAAAGUAUUGGAGCGUAUAUUCCGAGCAGAACUUCCAGAACGAGAGCGCAUGUUGACUUAUGACAUGAAGUGGGGUAACGAUAAUUAUGGAUCAGACGAAACAGUCGAAACAGCCUCAUGGUGGAUGCAGGUUUGUUCGGACCCUGAUCAGGAACGAUUGCAACCCCAAGCAAUGUCCAUGUAUGCGAGCUUUGGGGGGAAUGGAUACUGCCGUAUGGACCUUCGAGAGGACUAUCGGACAGGCGAGGUGUUUGUUGUGGAUGUGAAUGCAAAUUGUGCAAUCGAGGAUGAUAAUGAUUGCGCCAUGGGGAAGGUAAAGAAACAAUAUAAAUGCAUUAAGUUAUACUUGGGCUUGCAAUGAUCAAUACGUAUACUCUUUGUUUACCUCGCUGAUCUACUGUUAUCUAAAUUCCAUCGGAGUGUCCUCUCAUAGAUCCUCAAGGCAUCUGGGUUGAAUCUUGGACAAUUUUUCUCCAUUCUAAUGGAAGAUGCCAUCUGUAUGAGAGAUAAUCUGUUGUCCAAAGAAGAUGCUUACCCAGAACUGAAGUCACUUGCCGCUAUAGCCAUGACUGGAAACAUUAAACAUGCACUUGAGACAACCACAAACGAACAACUUAGGAAGGCCGUACGCGUCAGCGCAUAGUAACCUUUAUCAAUUCUCUCUUUUUUUAUUUUUUAUAUUUUUUUUAUAGGCCUGGAUCAUGAAAACUCAUUAUGUAG